AUGCAACAAUUGCAGCACGGGCACAGCCCAGACUCUUCAGCCACGUUCGCCUCCCCGCCCCCUGAGGGGACGCCCUGUCCUGACGCCAGGUUGGACUACAGCACUGAGGGGCCGCCGCCGAAGCCGCUGCCGACUGCCGGGGCUGUCGCCGGGGAAGCCGAGGGGUUGCCGCCGGGAGAGCCGAGCGCAGGAGAUCCGGGAGGUGUAAGGGGCGGAGGGCCAGGCCCCGACCGGACCCCGCCACGCGGAGGGGACGCCCCGGUGAUUCGAAGGAACGCCCUAGCUGAGGCUGUGCAGCGGGCCCAGCAGAUAGCAGCAAAAAUUGGAGGUGAUGCAGCUACCACGGUCAGUAACAACACUCCUGAUUGUGGGUUUCAGGGCCAAAAGAGAAAGUUGAAGGAUGGACAUCAGCCUGAGAGCAAGAAAUUGGCAGCCCAAGGCGACUCCCUCAGUCCUCAGCUUGGACCUAUCCAGCCCCCUCCCAGGUCUUCAAUGACAGAAGAGUACCGAGUCCCUAAUGGCAUGAUGGGACUAAUCAUUGGCAGAGGUGGCGAUCAGAUAAACAAGAUCCAGCAGGACUCAGGCUGCAAAGUAAAGAGCUCACCAGACAGAGGUGGAUUACCAGAGCGAAGGGUGUCACUGACAGAAGCCCCGGAAUCAGUGCAGAAGGCAAAGAUGGUGCUGGAUGAAAUUGUAUCUCGGGGCCCACGUGGCCCCCCGGGAGAGUUCCAUGAUCAUUCAAAGCAGAGUCAGAACGGCACAGUGCAGGAGAUCAUGAUUCCCACAGGGAAGGCAGGACUGGUGAUUGGUAAAGGUGGGGAGACCAUCAAACAGCUUCAGGAGCAAGCUGGAGUGAAGAUGAUUUUAAUCCAAAAUGGAUCCCAAAAUACCAAUGUGGACAAACAUCUCCAGAUUACCGGGAACCCUUAUAAAGUACAGCAAGCCUGUGAGCUGGUGAUGGAUAUCCUCCAAGAACCUGACCAAGGAGGCUUUGGGGACUGGAAUGAAUAUGGAUCCAGGAUUGGUGGUGGGAUAGAUGUGCCAGUGCCCAGACAUUCUAUUGGUGUGGUCAUUGGCCCAGGUGGAGAAAUGAUCAAAAAAAUACAAAGUGAUGCUGGUGUCCAGAUACAGGUCAAACAAGAUGAUGGAAAAGGUUCUGAGAAGAUCAUCCACAUCAUGGGACCCCCAGACAGGUGUAAGCAUGCUGCCCAAAUCAUCAGUGACCUCCUCCAGAGCUUAAGGAGUGGUCCUCCAGGACCUCCUGGGGACAAAGGCAUGCCCUCUGGAGACAGGGCCCGAGGCCGAGGCCAGGGCAACUGGGGGCCUCCUGGUGGAGAGAUGACUUUGUCCAUUCCAGCUCAUAAGUGUGGGCUGGUCAUUGGCAGAGGUGGGAAGAAUGUGAAAGCCAUAAAUCAGCAAACAGGUGCCUUCGUGGAGAUCUCUCGGCAGCUCCCACCAAAUGGGGACCCUAACUUCAAACUCUUCGUCAUCCGGGGAUCCCCUCAGCAAAUUCAUCAUGCCAAGCAGCUUAUUGAGGAGAAGAUUAAGGGUCCUCUCUGUCCAGUUGGACCAGGCCCUGGGGCACUAGGGCCUGCUGGCCCAAUGGAGCGCUUCAACCCAGGGCCUUUCAAUCAGAGGCCUCCAGGAGCUCCUUCUCAGGAAGGAGGGCCCCCUCCACACCAGCACCCACCCCAAGGUUGGGGCACCACCUAUCCACAGUGGCAGCCACCUGCUCCUCAUGACCCAAAUAUAGCAGCAGCUGUAGCAGCAUAUCCCAAUGCCACCUGGGCUGGCUACUACUCACGCUACUACCCGCAGCCUCCAGGCCCCAUGCCAGGUCCAGCACCAGCCCCCAUGGCCCCACCUGCCUGGGGAGAACCCCCACAGCUCCAACCGACCACACAGUCAGACUACACUAAAGCCUUGGAAGAAUAUUACCAAAAAAUCAGCCAAAAGCCUCAGCAGCCUACUGCUUACCCUCAACAGGAUUACACAAAAACCUGGGAAGAGUACUAUAAGAAACAAGCACAAGUAGCCACUGGUGGUGGACCUGGAGCCCCCCUAGGCUCCCAGCUUGACUCUUGUGCUGCCUGGGCCAAAUAUUACGGGCAGCAAGCCACCUACUAUGGACAGACCCCUAGUCCUGGUGGCCAGCCACUACCCACACAGCAAGGACAGCAGGCUCAAUGA